AUGCCAGCCAUCCGCCUCCAAGUCUUCCUUGCACGAGCGGGACUCUGCUCACGCCGCGGCGGUGAGGCCCUCAUUUCCGCCGGGAGGGUGACUCUCAAUGGUGUGGUUGCCGCCCUGGGUGACAAGGCCGACCAUGCUGGUGGCGACGUGGUGGCGGUCGACGGCCAGCUGGUCGAGACGGACGAUGCUGAAGGAGGUGGCGGAUCAUCGGAUCGCCCGAUCACUUAUCUGUUACACAAGCCUGCAGGAGUGAUCUCAACCAUGCGCGACACACAUGGUCGUCCUACCGUGGCAGACAUGCUCCCACCAUCGCCACGGGUCUUCCCCAUCGGUCGGCUCGAUAAGGAGACGACCGGCUUGAUCCUCGCCACUGCUGAUGGUCCUCUUGCCCACGCUCUCACCCAUCCAUCGCUGGGCGUGGAAAAAGAGUAUGUGCUGCGACUUGCGAAUCCACUUCCGCAGGCUGCUCGACGCGCCCUGGCUCGCGGUGUUGCGCUCGGCGACGGACUGACCGCCCCGGCCAAGGUUGCUGACGUCGCCGACGGCAUCGAUCCUUGUCUUGUCUCGCUCACCAUCCACGAGGGUCGUAAUCGUCAGAUCCGCCGCAUGUGCGCCGCUCUUGGCCUUGACCUCUGCUCGCUCGCCCGAGUCCGCAUCGGUCCGCUCUCCGACCCCUUCCUCCGCCCCGGCUCUUUCCGCACGCUCACUGACAACGAGUACGACGCGCUGCGGCAGAAGGGGUUUACAGCGUGA